AUAAUCGUUUGUCUAUCGACAGCAGACUUGCUAUGCAACACCACAUUAUCGGUGUCUCUAAAUGUGGCAUUGCGUUUGUUGAUUGCCUGCUUGUGGAAUUUUGUGGUGUUUAUUUUGAGUUUUUUUUUAUCAAAAAUAAGGAACUACUUUAAGGUUUCGUGGAGUACCUGAUUUAAAUAAAUAAGUUAAAAAUGUAUCUAAGAUACUAUUUAGACGGUAAUGGAGAUAGACAAUAUACUUUAUCGACUGUUGAUCCAAAUGGCAAACCAACAUUAUCUGCACAUCCAGCUCGCUUUUCACCUGAAGACAAAUAUUCAAGGCAAAGAAUAAUUAUCAAGAAACGAUUUGGUCUACUGCUCACACUGCAACCUGAACCUAUUAGCUAAUAUAAUUUUAUAAGAUUAAUAAUAUUAAGUCUAAAAUAAAUGUUUUAAUAACAAGCCCUUUAUUUUGUUCCUAAAUUAGCUCUCAUCAAGUUGUUUUGGUUCAGUUUCACAUGCAAUAAAAAGUGGAAUGGUAUUGGUUAUACAUCCACUAGCCAAUAGCUUCUAGCAUUUUUUAAUGUACCUGAGAACAUGCUAGUGUUGAAUGUAAGCAAUGCAACCACCCAUAAACAGUAGCAAUACGAUACAGGACUUUGAAUUACUUAAUUUUUGUAACAUCUAACAUUGAUGGCACUGUACUGUGGCACGCCACUGUACUUGUCAAUGAGACACCAAAUGUUGAUGGCUAUUAAGCUUUACAAAAGGAUUUGUUGAUGUACCUCUUUAUACAGGGUGUCCCAUAAUUAAUGGAUAACUUUGAAAAGUCUUACAGUAAAACUUAUGGUUGUAAAGAAAAAAAUUAAAUAUUUGUAUUAUAAGUAGUGUUGAUGUGGUAUAGUCAGGGUGGAUGCCGCGGCAGCAAAAUGACACUUUUAUAUUAGACACACUAUAUUUCUAAGUUCCGCUUUACUUAUGUUCAGACCAGAGGUUACAAAUCAACUGUCCUGCAUACGUGCUACAACGAUCUUUUAUACGUUCGGAUGAAUAAAAUCAAGACACUCUAAAUAUUACAAUUAUGUAUCAAAUUAUAUAAUAUUAAUUCAUAUGGCAUUUAACUUGUAUUUUAACAAGUAAUCACUAAGAAUAAGUAAUUGUUUAAAAGGUAAUUUAUAAUUAAGUCUGCCGGAAGGUAACAACCGGACGGCGUUAGUUAUUACUUACAUUUUACUCUAUGUUCAUAAUACAAUUAUUAUAAUAAUCAGCCAAAUAGGAAAAAAUAUUAAUCUAUUAAAUAUUAUGUUAUGUACUGCUGAAGCUAGGACCGGAAGUCGAUAACAGUAGUAUGUACCUAUGUAUUUAAAAAGAAGUAAGUAAGUAAUUUCUUGUCUCAUUUUACUUUCUUGUACACUAUAGCCAGAAAUGAAUUAAAUGCAUUGUUUUUUUGUUUUAUAAUAAUUAUACACCGACUAUGCUAAUAGAUAAACAGUCAAUACUCAAUAGUAUGACUACAUAUGGCAUUUUUUUUAAACAUGCAUAAACUUU